GGUUGCUAAGGUUCUUCCUGCUACAACUGUCGGCGAUAUGGACGCCACUACAGCCCCCCACAACAUCCCGGCGGAAAUGCCCAAAUAUGGGGAGAAACAUCAUAUCUUCGAGAUGAUGCAGAGAUAUUUAGGACCAAAUUUGGAAGCUUGAAGGACUAGACUCAACUGGAAUUCCUAGACCCUUCUGGAGGAUUGCGACUUGGAGGUUUUUUCUCCUUCACUCCACUCCCAUUUGCAAUCAUGCUACAGGAACUCUUGAUUCACCAACCAGAGGAACCCAUUCAAUUUAUGAUGGAUCACUUGCAAAGAGACAAUGAUACAGUGCCAAGGAUCUUUUUAUUGGGCCCACCUGCCUCCGGGAAAACGACUAUUGCAAUGUGGCUCUGUAAACAUUUGAAUGCCAGCCUCAUUACACUGCAGAACUUAAUAUGGAAUGAAUUUUCAGUACUAGCUUUGAAAGCAGUGGAAAUAUUUGAAGCAAACCAGGUAAUUCCUGAUUGGUUGCUGUUGAAAUUGCUCCAGGAACGUCUGACAAAAGAUGAGUGUGUCUCAAAGGGCUGGAUUUUGGAUGGCCUUCCCGAAACUCGAGAACAAGCACUGAGGUUUCAGACUUCUGGAAUCUGUCCCAGGCAUGUCAUUGUGCUGAAUGCUCCAGACACUGUUCUUAUUGAGAGAAAUCUGGGGAAAAGGAUUGAUCCUUUCAAUGGAGAGGUUUAUCACACCACAUUUGACUGGCCUAAGGAACCUGAUGUGCAGAACCGGCUGCUGGCACCAUUAGGCAUUUCUGAGGAAGAAACAGCCAAGAGGCUAAUAGAGUAUCACAGGAACAUUAAUAGAAUUCUCCCCUCUUAUCCUAAAAUUUUGAAGGUCAUUAGUUCUGACCAGCCUUGUGUGGAUGUCUUUUACCAAGCUCUGACCUAUGUCCAAAGCCAACAUCGAUCGAAUGCUCCUUUCACUCCAAAGAUUUUGCUUUGUGGACCCACAGGCAGUGGGAAAAGUCUACAGGCAGCUCUCCUUGCUCAGAAAUAUGGCAUUAUCAAUGUCUCCUGUGGGCACCUGCUGAAAGAAGAAGUUGCAAAAAAUACGACUGUUGGAGAAUCCAUUCGGCCAUUUUUUGAAAAGGAUAUGGACGUUCCUGAUCAAAUCGUCAUUAGAAUCCUUGUAAAACGUCUCAGUGAACAGGAUUGUAUUUGCUAUGGAUGGGUACUUCAUGGUUUCCCUCGAGACGGAGACCAAGCAACUCUUCUGGAAAAUGUGGGAUUCACACCCAACAGGGUAUUUUUUCUGAAUGUUCCAUAUGAUUCUAUCAUAGAACGGUUAACUCUAAGAAGAACAGAUCCAGUCACAGGAGAAAGAUAUCACCUCAUGUACAAGCCACCUCCAACCAUGAAUAUCCAAGAACGUCUCAUGCAGCACCCGGAAGAUUCAGAGGAGAAAGUGAAGCUCAAGAUGGAUUUAUUCUAUAGAAAUUCUUCUGGACUGGAAGAAUACUAUGACAAUAUCAUUUAUGUCAAUGGGGACCAAGACCCUUACACUGUCUUUGAGUUCAUAGAGAGUGGCAUCAUUAUGCCUUUGCCUGUUAAAAACCCAUCUUAAAGCAGCAUCUCCUGGCUGCUAGGUUUUACUUACAUGUGUAGUAGCAUCCCACAAGGAAAUGUAUUCACUUCCUGAAGUAUUUUAGAGUCAUAGUAAAUUAAAGAAAUAGUAUCUAUUGUCACCCCUUUGGAGAGAGAAUAAUCAGAAAUGUUCUUAUUUAGAGGACCUGAGAAUAAAUGAAAUUGGAAGACAA